GAAAGUCAUCACCGGAAGCCCCGCACGGUGCAGCUUGGCUCUGGUCCCUCCUCAGCAUCACCGCAUCAUCGUCUUCUCCCUCGGUGCGGGACCGAUAAUUGACCCAGAUAAACCGGGACAAUGGACGACGUUCCGCCGAUCAUCAACAUCUCCAUCUCCCUGCGGAUCCAGCCCAACGAGGGGCCCGUGUUCUUCAAGGUGGACGGGACCCGGUUCGGCCAGAGCCGGACCAUCAAACUGCUCACAGGCUCCAAAUACAAGAUCGAGGUGGUGGUGAAGCCUGGAAACGUCGAGGCCACCACCAUGAACAUCGGAGGCAUCGUCUUCCCUCUGGAGCAGCAGUCUCGAGACGAGGAGUCGGUAGUUUAUCACGCCCAGUACGACACUGAGGGCGUCCCACACACCAAGAGUGGAGACCGGCAACCAGUCCAAGUCAGUAUGGAGUUUAACAAGGCAGGAACGUUCGAGACUGUCUGGCAGGCGAAAUACUACAACUAUUACAAGAGGGAGCACUGCCAGUUCGGCAACAAAUUCAGCAGCAUCGAGUACGAAUGCAAGCCCAACGAGACGCGGACCCUCAUGUGGAUCAACAAGGAGGCGUUCAACUGAGUCAGCUCCUCCACACACCAGAUACCAAGCAGAGGACAUCACUGAACCAGGACUACCUUUGAAGCAUCAGCACCACAAUAAAAGGACAGCCUUGUGUUAAAGGCAGGGAUCAAGUCAGCGAGGGUCUGGUAUUUGUGUUGUUUUAUCUAAAAGGGGAGAAAAAUAAGCUGUUUGCUAUGCUGGUCUUGAACUGGUUUUUAUUUUAAAACUGCACUCGAAGGCUUCACAUGACGGUGAAUAGGGAAUAGUUUGAAAAGCAGGAGCUAGUAUUCAGAACACAGUGACGUACGUUAGCUACACACUCACUGGAUUAAUACAUUUUAUAUCCAAGGGACAGAACAGAGAGAGGAUCUGACUUUAAAGUGCAGUUUCCUCUCAAGGAACGCUCCUGUGUCUGUCUUUAGCUCUUCAGUUUUCAAUCCAUCACGUUCUUUGUGGGCAGAUUUCCUUUCAGCAAUCAAACAUCAAGCGAAUGUGAAGCGCUGCAGAGUGUAGGGUUAAAAGAACAGGCGGACAUUUUGUGAAUAAAGCUUGUUUGCGACCUUAUUCACAGUCAGAUGAGAUAAAAACUCCUGUUCAGACUGACGGCAAAAAUCCAAUUUUUGUUUUGUUAUAUCAAGAUAUCUAGGCAGCAAAAAAAACAAUGAAACGUGGUUUUUGGAAGAUUGGAUAAAACCACACUUGAAGUGACUCACAAUGCAACACAAAAUAACAACGUCAAAUCCAGAGUCACAGCAGCUACGACACAGGGAACAACAGUCUGUGGAUAAUCUUGCUGAAAGAACCAGCUGACGAAGUUGGUGCUGUCAGGCCCGAAAAGUCUGAUCUGAUCUCAGUGUGGUCCAUCUGUCUUAAAGAUCUGAUGGGUGAAAAAUAAUCUGAUUGGCCUGCAGUCUGAACAAGGUUUAAAGAUUCAUAUAAAUUUCAUCUCAGUUCAGUAGAGAGAUGUGUCCAGGAGGUGUUAGCCUAGCUUAGCUCAAACUUAGCUUAGCUCAAACACUGAACACUGAUAUCUGUACCCCUGCUGGAAAAACCAGCAUAGACCAGCACCAGAACACAACAUAUGCACAAGUUGUGUUUUGGUGCUGGUCUACGCUCUCAACAAAUACAGUUGCUUCAAUGCUAACAGUUGCUAAAACUAUGCUAACAGCUGCUUAAUAUUAUAUCUGCUAAUGAAGAUAAUACAUCAUAUAAAGUUUGUAGUUUUGGGAAGGUGUAUUUGUUCACCUUUGAUGAAGCUAGGCUAGCAGUUUCCUCCUGCUUCCAGUCUUUGUACUAAGCUAAGCUUAGCUAAGCUAAAUGCUGGACCUACAGUAUCUCUAGAUGUGAAAUUCAUAUCAGUCUCCUCAUCUCACUCUGGAGAAGAAAGUGUUAUUCACAAAAUGUUUCCACUGUUCCUUUUAGGUGGUUUGUGUUUUGAUCAAUACCCCUCGAUAAUUAGAUAUUUAUCGCAGCACAAGGUGGGAGGUAGUUAUCAGUUAGCAUGAUGCUAGCUGCUGGAGACCAGGAUGGAAGACAUCUGUGGGUGGAGGACAUAUUUUACCUUAUUUAUUAAAUGUGUGUCUGAGAGAGAAGAGCUGAUGUGUGAGAGUGUGAACGUCAUUGUGAUAGUUUUGACUUUACUUAUGUGUCAUGUGCCGUGUUACUUAAAGGACAGAUCCACCUAAAACACACAAACACUGUUACUAGUUACAUUUCCGUCUCUGUAAAAUGGAUCGAGCUCUUUCAGGUGAAUUUCAGAUGUUGUGACAGCAGAUAUUGGUCUGAAACUGAUCUGAAAAGUGCUCUGGUGUCAGUCCAUAGAAACCAGAGUUGGGUUAAGACCGGGAGGAACCAAACCUCACAGGAGGUGUGAGAUGUAACAGUGUGAGUGAGCGGACGACGGUGGAUUUUUAAAAGGUUUAGGUUGGUAUUACUUUAAAAUUCAACAAAUCCCAUGAAAAGACCAAAAUGAAGAACGUCCUCAAACCUGAAAUAAGUCGUAUCUUUGCUUUUGUGGUUUCCUCGUCUCAAAGUUAAAUGUCUCACAUAAGAUCUGUGGUCAACACAAGUGCAAAGAUUUUGUUCUACAACAUAAAAUACACCAGUUAUUACCCUGUUUUUAUGUUAAAAACAGUUAGCGGUUGCUAACAAGUGUCUGAAUGAGACUACAGAGGUUGUCUGGGACAUUAAACGUCCUCACAG